AUGGACAUUUCACUUCACACAAUGCCCGAGUCUCAAAGUUUUCACAAAAACGGCCUAUCGCAGCGAAACGGGUGUCAGAGUGCGACGAACGGGAAAACACGUGAGAUAGAUCGGUGCCUUAAAAAAGUAACAGAGGGUGUAGAGACAUUUGAGGAUAUUUGGCAGAAGGUUCAUAAUGCUACAAAUAGCAAUCAGAAGGAAAAAUAUGAAGCAGAUCUCAAGAAAGAAAUCAAAAAACUCCAGAGGUUACGUGAUCAAAUUAAAACCUGGCUCGCAUCAGGUGAAAUUAAGGAUAAGAGUACGCUUCUUGAGUAUAGAAAGUUAAUUGAAACUCAAAUGGAAAGAUUUAAAGUUGUGGAGAGGGAGACGAAAACAAAAGCUUAUUCGAAAGAAGGAUUGGGAGCUGCUCAGAAACUUGAUCCAGCUCAAAAAGAACGAGAAGAAGUUAGCAAUUGGCUUGCAAAUUCUAUAGAUGCUUUAAAUCUUCAGCUGGAUACAUUCGAGUCCGAGAUAGAAUCGUUACUUGCUGGAAAGAAAAAGAGGUUAGAUAAAGAUAAGCAGGAUAGGAUGGAUGAGUUGAAAGCGAAACUCGAUAAACAUCGUUACCAUAUCCGUAAAUUGGAAACAUUGUUACGCAUGUUGGACAAUAUGUCUGUUGAAGUUAAUACUAUUAAAAGGAUAAAAGAUGAUGUAGAGUAUUAUAUUGAAUCCUCGCAGGAACCUGAUUUUGAGGAAAAUGAAUAUAUUUAUGAUGAUAUUAUUGGUCUUGAUGAAGUUGAGUUGUCUGGAGUUGGUAUUCCCUCAUCAGCAACUACCGAUAGUAAUAAUAGUAAUGAGACUGGAGGUACACCAACCUCAACUAAUUCUGGUACUUCACCUAUACCGUCACCUCCAUUGAGUUCCACUAUGCACAAUCAUUCAAGUGAUAGUUCUACAGAUAAUGACAAAAAAACGAAGCCUGUGAAACCAACAGCAGUCAGACCAUUAUUAAAUUCACAGGCGAGCAUUCCAACCACGGGAAGCACUGCCACCAUAAAAUCGAAUUUAUUAUCAAGCAGCACUCCAAGCAAGACCAUUCCCAUGACGCCUAGCCAUAGCUCGCCUAGUUCUACAAGUAAUCAUAUUGCUACAACUAAUGCUGGCAAUUUUGCUACAGUAGCUGCUUCGCAUACUAAUUCACAAGCCAUCCAUUCUACCUCUACUCAUACCAAUGAAAAUGGUUUAUUGUCAUCAUCGUCCGCGUCUAGUGUUACCUCGAAUGUGCCACAAACGAUCUCGCAGCAGCACAACAACCCAGCGCCCAUACAGACGACACAUGUGUUGCACAAUCAACAAAAUCAGAAUCAUAAUAGUGAAACUGAAAUGACAACGCCGAUUCCACCAUCUUCGUCUCCACAAUCGUCAGUUAGCAGUAGAUCUUCGCCUCUGCCCGCAAAUUCCUGCUCGCCAGCGCCAUCCACUGCCAAUGGUCUCAUCCCUAAGCUUCCUGAUGGCAUGUCCUCUUUGAAAUCUAUAGCCCAACAAGUAAUUGUCCGAGCAGGUCUGGAAAUACCACCGUCCGAGUCGAACAGAAACAUCUUUGACAGCGCUAAGGUGAACAAUAAUAACAGCAAUGCCACCUCGGAAGCACACAUUCCUCCUCUGCUUGGCGUUGCACCUCUCGGACCGGUACCUCUUCAGAAAGAACAUCAGUUGCAGUUCCAGAUGAUGGAGGCCGCUUAUUACCAUAUGCCUCAUCCGUCUGAUUCUGAACGUUUACGAUCAUAUUUACCAAGAAAUUUAUGUCCAACACCUCCUUAUUAUCAACAGGUUCAGCUUCCCCACUCUGAUACUGUGGAGUUCUUUCAACGUCUUUCCACGGAAACAUUAUUCUUCAUAUUUUACUACAUGGAAGGUUCUAAAGGCCAGUACCUGGCUGCAAAAGCUUUAAAGAAACAAAGUUGGAGGUUUCAUACGAAAUAUAUGAUGUGGUUUCAGAGGCACGAAGAACCAAAAGUGAUUAAUGAAGAAUACGAACAGGGGACUUACAUUUAUUUUGAUUAUGAAAAGUGGGGACAAAGAAAAAAGGAAGGUUUUACAUUUGAGUACAAGUACUUAGAGGACAGAGAUCUGAAUUAA